CCACAGCUCAAACACUACUUUCUCAUUCUCCAACCUCGUCCCGCCUCUCCGUUACGGCUCCCGUCAAUAUUGAGAACCCAUUGGAUGUUCCUCGGACUGUUUUGUGAUAAUUGACAAAUAUAUCAAAGAAUUCUCGCUUUUGCCGCGUGGGCAAAUCGAUCCGCUGAUCUCCGGCGCGCCCACCGUCACUUUGAUGUCGAGUGGACUUCCCGAUUAAGGCGCUGCCUCGGCGAUGGUCAGACUCCGCGACAGGAUCGCAUCGUCGCAUCUGGCCCUGCUGAAAUUUGAAAACGAAGAAGCACCGCAAGUGAACCUUGCAGUGGUGGACACGCAAUUGAACAUGCACCGCUUCAACACACUUUUUGAAGAGGAAAUGGCGGUAGAAGGCCCCAAAGACUCUCACAAUUCGCCCGCACCAGCCCCCGCCUCGGCGAGCCCACGCCUCAGCAAUGAGGCUCCAACAGAAUGGUCAGCAGUCGGUCAUGCAGCGGCAACGGGCAAGUCCGGCCGUGUCAUCCACAAUUUGCAGGAGGAGGUUGCUCGUUUGAAGCGGGACUCCGCCCUCUGGCAAUCCAGAGCGGAGGAGUCUCAGCGAAUUAGCGAGGCCCUCAAACUUCAACUGCAGGACAUGGCUGACCGCCUCCGGCACAAGGAGCAGGUCAAUGAGACCAGCCUCAAGUCCAUCGACCGGAAAGACCGCAAGAUUGAGGACUUGCGCGCCGAGCUACAUGCGGAGCGCACCAAGCGCCAUGACGCCCAAAUCGUGGCAAACGAGACCAACGAGGCGAUGCGAGUCGAACGUGAGAACCACCAUCGUGAAAUGGCUCGGCUACAAGAGGAGACCAAGUACUACAAGAAUCAGUACGAGGUCCUGAGCAGUGCCACGAAGCGGGAGAAGCACGACUUGGGCCGCCGGGUGGAUGAGGCUUGGGACAGGGUGCACGCCAUCGCAAAGGCGCAGGCCACACAUGUCGAGUGCUCUGACCGGCUGAUGGUCAUUGGGGACCAGAAGAACCGGGAGAUCGAGGUGAUGAACGAGCGGUACGAGAAGGCUGUGGCCCUCCACGGCAGCUACAAAGAAACCAAGGACAAAGAGUUCCGUGGUACCGUCGAUCGGGCCCACGCCAACAACGAACUGAUCGAUGCAACUCUCAAAGAGCUCAAGGAGACUCAGGACAAGAUGAAGUGGGUGAUUCGGAUGAGUGAGCUCAAUGAGAACAAGAAGGCCAAGGACCAGGCCGAAGAGCAGCCAACGCCCGAAUCACCCUCCUAGGUCUUCUAUGCCCUUUCCUCUGUUCUCCUGUCUUCUGCUCCUCGACAUUUGAUACCUCGGUUCGUCUUUCUUCCGUCCGUGCCCUAACCUUCUCGAGGCCGUCCGACAUCUCAUCAUACACGCCAUGCGUGUCCUCUAUCUCCUUCUCCACCGACACACCCUCUUCUGCCUCGACCAUCUUUUCUUCAUGUUCAUACCUUUCGUGGUUCCUGGCGUUCUGGCAGCAAAGAUACCCAUUGCCGCAGUUUGGUCCAGACUUCUUUUCCGACCUCCUUCUCCUACCAUACUUUGCCGUCUCUCCUGCUCUUCCUCCUCUUCCUUCCCUACCUACCUUAUCGUUAGAGUUGAUGCCGUGAUGACCCUGCAUGAUUUGGCUCGGUUUCUUUCUUCUAUCUUUAUGCACAUAUAUCUGGCUUUUCUGUUCUGUGGUUCACCCAAUGGAUGGGCGAUAUUCUAAUUCUUUCUUGUACCAAUACCCCUUCGUCCGAUAAAGUUCGACUCACAUAUCUUCUUCUAUCCUGUUCCUCACUUGUGGACGGUUUAAUUACAUAAUAUAUUACCACCAGUUGUCUAUAUG